AAACUCGCCACUACACACACAAACACACACAGACAGACACCCACACACACACACGGGGUGUCCCCACCAAACUUGUCUUCCUUCCUCCCUCACUGAAGCGGCCUUCUUCCUAACAGCACCCGCGCCAUGCAGCUCAUACGGGUCCUCGCUCUGCUCCUGCUCUGCGUCUCUCCCGGGAGAACGGCCAGUCUGAUCCACGCCAGGAAGGCCCUGGAGGAGACAGAAGCUCCAGCCGUCACCGAGGAGGCCCCUGUGACCAACAGCCCAGCUGAGGAGCCUCUAGUGGCCGAUAGCUUGGCUGAAGAGCCCCUAGUGGCCGAUAGCCCGUCCGAAGAGCCCCUAGUGGCCGAUAGCCCGGCCGAAGAGCCCCUAGUAGCCGAUAGCCCGGCCAAAGAGCCCCUAGUAGCCGAUAGCCCGGCUGAGGAGCCCCUAGUGGUGAAUAGCCAGACUGUGGAGUCCCCUGCCAUGGAUGGUCCAAUCGUGGACGACAGUCCAGCAGCAGAUUCUCCCGCUGAGGAGGAAACCCUAAUGGCUGACUCUCCAGUCCAACCCGAAGAGGAGGCAGAUGCCUCUGCAGGGGACAUCCAGGUUGCUGACGAGCCCGCUCUGGACAGCCCAGCCGAGGAGGCUGCUGUUGGGGAGGCUCCUGCGAUGGAUGCCCCAGCUGAUGCCACUGGAGCUGUGGACACCCCAGCCGGUGAAGAGGCUCCCGGGGACGCUCCUGUCGCUGACCAAAUGGCCGCCGAUGCCCCUGCGGACGACACUGUGGUGGGAGAAGCCCCUGUAGAGGAAAUGAUGGCUGAUGUGCCUGUGGAUGAGGGAAUGACUGCUGAUGCCACUGUGGAUGAAAUGAUGGCGGCCGACGCGCCUUCUGAAGAUAUCCCAGCUGACCUCCACAUGAACACCUUCCCUCUGGAUGAUGACGAGGACAUCACAUCUCCUCUCCCAAGCAGUUUCCAGGCCACUACGGAGGGCGACUGGGCCAUGACCUCCAUCAGGCAGAGCUUCCAGGCCGUCAACGGCUACUUCGACUCGCUGGUAGAGCUGAUGGGAGGCCGAAACGGAGUGUGCCAAUACAAGUGCCGAUACGGAAAAACACCCACCCCUCGCAUUGGCUACGUCAUGCCGGAAGCCAAUGGCUGCAGCUCCUCUCUACUGGGUUUCGAGGUAGAUUCUUUUGACCUGGGCAUCCCUGCCAUGACCAAAUGCUGUAACCAGCUGGACGUGUGCUACGACACCUGCAGCUCCAACAAGAACCGUUGCGACUCAAAGUUCCGCUGGUGUCUCCAUGGCAUCUGUUCCGAGCUCAAGAAGAGCCUGGGCUUCGUGUCAAAGGUCGAAGUGUGCGAGUCUAUGGCGGAUGCCAUGUACAACACGGUGUGGACGCUGGGCUGCAGGUCCUACAUGAGCAGCCAGAGGGCAGCGUGCUUCUGUGAGGGUACGGAGAGGGACGAGCUGUGAGGGAGGCCGGGAGGCUACGUUCUCCUCUCCUCUCCUCCGCUCUCUCUCUCUCUCUCUCUCUCUCUCUCUCUCUGCACCACGCUGAUGGGACUCUGGGGGGCACAAUGGGCUUUUCCCAGAACUACAGUAAAUCAGAGGAAUGCACCAGCCAGCACUGAACAGGAGUAUACAACAGUAAUACAUACACACACUCACACACACGCACGUACACACACACACACAAACACGUGCAUACACACACACACACGCACGUACACACACACACACACACACACACACACACACACACACACACAGAGAAGAGGCAGAGAGAGAAGAGAGGGAGGAAACACCCACAGCACAGCACAGCACAGCACAGUGACUCAGCAGAACUCUGAAGUAGGGAUACUUGGAAGCAGUUGCAUCCUUUAUCUCCCUCCCAGAGCAAUAUCUACGUAUAGCAGUCUCCUUACCCACACCCACAUACACACACACACACACACACACACACACACACACACACACACACACACA